CGAGCCGACGACUCCCACGCCCUCGGCCUUAUCACUCAUCCAGACCAGUCCUCCCCCUCUCCUCCACCGGCCCACGCCAUCGCUUCCCAUUUCCCCACUCGCUUUCUCCCAACCCCAGUAAAAUUUUCUCCUCUCCCAAUCUCGGAUUCGAGGAAGGCGGAGGAGGGGAGAGGCGUGGAUUUCGAGGCGCGGCGAUCGCGAUUGGGGUGGCCCUUGAUCCGUCCGCGGCUGAAAUCGUCGAGAAACCGAAAGGGAUUGGGGUGCGCGGGGAGGGAGAGCUGGAGUAGGCGGCGAUGGGGCGCCUGUUCCUGAUACACCUGGACGGCAACGUCUACAGCUGCAAGCACUGCCACACGCACCUCGCCCUCGCCGCCGACAUCAUCUCCAAGGCCUUCCACAGCAAGCACGGGAAGGCGUACCUCUUCAAUAAGGUUGUCAAUGUGACUAAUGGAGUAAAAGACGAUCGCAUGAUGAUCACUGGGAUGCAUACUGUUUCUGACAUCUUCUGUGUUGGCUGCGGAUCCAUUGUUGGAUGGAAAUAUGAGGCUGCACAUGAGAAGAGUCAGAGGUACAAGGAAGGAAAAUAUAUUCUGGAGAGGUAUAAGGUGUCAGGCCCCGACGGAAGCCUGUAUUGGGUUACACAUGAUACUCGUUUCGGUGGAAGCGAUGCGGAUGAUGUAUGAAGCACAGUUCAACAAACUCAAGCCUGUUGUUCAUCCCCUGUAAAUAACUUGGGUGUUGUCGGUCUUUAGUUAUCCGGGGAUUGCUCCCAUUAAAAGAAAUCCCCGGCGUAAAUUGUUAUUCUAGGUGACCUGAUCAUCCCUCCCAUCUUCCCUGGGAGUUGCAUAUUAUGUAUAUGCAUGUAAUCUGUGUUGCAUAUAGCACAUCAAGUUGUAUCCCGGGAAUGCCAAGCGCUAAUGACCAAAUAAAGUCCGUUUCUCAAGUA